CUUAAAACUAAAUUCUACCGUAGGUUUUGAUUAUUUUAAUAUGGGAACACCAUUGUGAAUAAACGCCAUGUUUAUUUCUUUACCGUCAAUUCGUUGCCGCGGUAAGAAUUCUUAUAGGUUAUUACUUAUCUUGGCGUCUAAAUGAAUAAUGUUAUUAAUAACAUAUAAAUCAUAACAAUUAAGCUGCUAAAUAAGUAAAAUUCUCCAGUGCAAUAACGUUUCGUUUUCAGUUUCUGUGAAAAGGCUGUGAGCAGUCGGAAAUAUCGGAAUACAUUAGAUACUGCAGCGGCGUUCGUAGAAAAUGGGCAAAAAAGUAAGAGAAUACCAAGCUGGGGACUUUAUCUUCGCUAAAGUAAAAGGCUACCCAGCAUGGCCUGCCAGGGUGCAUAAGCCCAAUGGAAAGAAAUAUUUAGUAUAUUUCUAUGGCACAGGAGAAACUGCAAAUCUCUCGCCAAACAUGAUAUUUGACUACGCAGAGAACAAAGACAAGUUUUUGACAAAAACUGUGAAGCGAAGGGACUUCAACGAUGGUGUGAAGCAGAUUGAACAUGAUUUUGCGAACAAUGUACCAUUGGAACAAGUUAUCGGAAUUGGUGCUGAGGUACCACCAGCAGAUUCGUCGACUAUGGAAGCGAAUGACUCUGUUGCGAACGACACUUUGGACGAAACUGGCAAUGACACCACUGCUGCUGAUGAAACUAUGGCUGAUGAACCAACCCUGAACACAACUCAAAAUGACGCAGCAGUAGAAGAUUCAGAUGACACAGGCAACCUGGUCAUUGAUGAAGGCAAGCAAAAACAACAAACUACAAAAAAAGCGAAACCAGACACCAAAGCAAAGGAGACUCCGGCAAAACCAGCGAAGGAGCCAAAGACUCCUCGGGGCAAAGGGAAGAAAGAUGAGCCAGCUAAGGACGAUGAUGAGGAGAAGAAAGAGGAAGAAAUUGUCAGCAGAAGUGGUCGAAAGAUACGACCGAAAAGGUAUAUGGACGAACAGACAGAAGACAAUGCAACAUUACCGUCGCCGGCUCCAAAGAAACGGCGCGGCCCGUCUCCAACACCGGACAAGGAAAAGGAAAAGACUGAGCCCAAAGAAAAAGUACCAGAUAAAAAUAUUAAACAGUUCAAUGCUGUAACACAGUCUGAACUUGAGGAUCUGAAAGAGCCAUUUAAAUCAGAGGAUGCAGAAAAGGAAAAUAUAUUAAUAGCUUACCUACCAUCCGGCCAGUACGUCGGCAUUAAACUCUUCCAGUCAAGACCGAGCAGCUUCAAAAACGAAGCAUCGAGACUACAGUGGGAUAAACAGGCUGCUUCUAAUGCUGUCACAUUGAAAAUGCAGUUGGAAAAAGGCCAUGUACCAUACAACUCGGUGGUGGCGCAGUUGGUGACGGACCUCAACCUCACAGACGAAGAGAAGGCUACUCUCGACAAAGAAAGGGAAACCGAAGAGAAGAAAUCUCGAGUGCAGUUCUUGAAGACUGAAAUGAAGAUGAUAGAGUUAGACGCAAAGAUAAAGACUUGCUUGUCGCUAGAAAAAGCCGACACUGAAAUGUGUUUGAAACUCCUCGACGAUUUAUUGGCUCUAGAUAUAAAGCCUUUAAUGCUGUUAAAACACCCGACCUGCUUGGAAACCAUCAAACGAAUGCGUGCCUACGUCGGUAAUACGCCAUCUUGGGAACUGUCAGAGAGCGCCGCGCUAGUCUUCACUAAGCAAGCACAUAAGAUCAGAAAACAGGCCGAUGCUGUUUAUAAGAAGAUGAGGGAUCUCUUCACACCGUUGGAAGGUCUGUCGUUCUGGGAGUAUUUCACGAAUCGCGUGAUGAGAUUCAAGAAAGCUACAAGCAAUCUCAGCCCUGACGAACUACUAGAGUUAAUACAUGAACCACUAGUUAUGUCAGAGCCAGCAUCGUUCGAUAUGAAAGAGGCAGUCGACGCGGCGAACGAAACGGAACAGAAAGAAUUAAUACAACCAGACGGAGAAGAUAAAAAUAAAAAGAAAACUACACCAGCGAAAGCCAAGAAAUCAUCAUCAACGAACAACGUUACGAAAACACCAGUGAAGAGGCAAUCGUCAAGAAAACUACAAGACGAUAAAGAGAAAGAUAAAGACACAGAAGAAUCGCCCGAAACAGAAGCGACUACAACAGAAGCAGCACCUGAGGCACCAACAACAGAAACAACACCAGAAGAACAAGAAGAAACGACGAAACCACAAGAAGAAGAACAGAAAGUAGACGAACAACGUGAAAAAACGCCGGAGAAGACGACAGAAGAAGUGAAACCAGUUGAAAAUGAGAAGGAAUCGACUGAGGAGAAUGGUGAUUUGGACAAUGGUGAGAAGGCAGAAGAGGUUGAGAAGGAGAAGAAAGAAAAAGAAGAUGUUGGUGAGCCUAGAGCGAAACGAUCGAGAGAGAACAAGAAGACUGAGCCCCCUCCACCAAGGUCACCAGCAAAGCGAAAGUCGAAAGUUUAAUACUUUUGUUUUUACAUACUUUAAAUACAAAAGAAUCGUCGGAUUUUAUUUUUAUACUGACGACUGUAGUCGUCUGAUCGAUGUGGAUGCAUUUCUAUAUUGUUAAGGUACAAAUGUCAUUUCAAUGCUCGUUCUACCAUUUACGAGGACGCCCGACU